GAGGUGGCUGCGCCCUGGCGGCGCGGCGCAGACCAGCGCGCCGGUGCUGCUCGCGGCGGGCGCGCUGGGCGCGGCGUGGGUCCUGCGGCUCGACCUCCUGCACGGGGCCGCGAGGCUCUUCAUGUCCGAGGACCCGGACCACCUGCGCGUGAGCAGGCUGCUGGGCGGGCGGCCGCCCGCGGCGGAGCUGCUCUUCCUGACCGCCGCCUGCGCGGUGCUGCCCUACGGCCUCUUCGUCUCGGCCCGCGUCGCGCGCUGGGCGCUGCGAGCCCUGCUCGACACGGCGGUCCUCGCGGGGGGCCUCGCGACGGCCCUCCUGUGCACGCGCGACUUGGCCGUCCAGCUCUUCGUGUUCAACCUCUGCUUCGCGGCGCUGGUGCUCUGGCUGCUGCUGGACCAGGCGGGCACGUGGCCUCUCCGCCUCGGGCUACUCGCGGCGGGACUGGCCGGCCUGAGCUUCGGCCUCGCGUGCGUGGGGCCGCCGGCCCUCGGCGCCUUGCCGGCCGUGGCGCUGCUGUCCGCGUGCGUGGGGGAGCUGCUCCGCGCGGCGGCCCAGCAGCUGCGCGCGGCCCUGCGCCCGGGGCCUCGGCGCCCCGCAGAGGCGUCCGCUGGCGCGGCCGCGGCGCCCGUGGGCCUGGCGCGGGGCGGCAGGGCGGACGCCACCGCGGGCGCGGUGGCCACCUCCGCGCGGGCCAGCUUGGACGAGCAGCGGCACGGCCGCGGCGGCGGCCUGGGCGGCGCGGCGGCGCCGAGGUCGCGGGUGGCGUGCGAGGAGGCGUGGGCGCCGUGGCUGCUGCACGCGCGGCGCGCCCGCGCGGGCGAGCGCGGGGACGGCUGGCCGGAGGCGGACGCCUCGACGUUGGACAGCGGGUCGGAGGCCGGCGGCGAGCGCGGGGUCUCGUAUGACCUGAGCGGGGUGUCCUACCGCCUCGGCGACGGCCGCCUGCUGCUGAAGGGCCUGAGCCUUUCGGUGCCCGCGGGUGCCUCCGUGGCCGUGAUGGGGGCCUCGGGCAGCGGCAAGACCACGCUGCUGUCCGUGCUCUCUGGCCGCUGCGGCGACCGCCGCCUGCUGGGGCAGCUGCGCCUGAACUCUGCGCUGGUGCUGCCAGGGCAGAUGGCUGGGCUCAGGCGCAUGUUCGGAUACGUCCCGCAGGACGACGUGCUGCACGGGGCCUUGACCGUCAGGGAGAACAUCGAGGUG